AGGAACGCUCCCAUCAUCCCAUCAUUCUUAACCAGUAUCCGUUCCUGGACAACCUCGUCUUCGACAGUCGUCAAGUCUCUUCCUUACACAAACAUUCAUACACACAUACACAGGGAGACCAACAGACCUGCACACACACCAAAUCUCCUCACGCUCUCUUCAAAUCACAAUGAUCCCCUCGUCGUGGUCCCAUGAACAGGGCAGCUCCAUCGACAUUAUGGAUGCUUGCUUCGUCCGUGAUCCCAGCUUCGACUUCAACACUCCCUUGCUCAGCAGCAGCUCUGCUUCCUCACCGACCUACGACUCCUGCGAUCCCUUCACUCCUCGGUCUGGACGAUCUACUCCCCACGCCUCCGCAGUUGAUUUCAGCGAAUCCUUCUCUUCUCACGGUUCAUUCAGCUUUGAGCCUGCCGCGGCUGCCAUGCCGAUACACCACAAGAACCACAGCCACCAACACUAUCACAGAGCCGGCACCAUGGACAUGCCUCUUCAGUACUCUGCUUCCAUGCCUCUCACACCCAGCCGCCGCCACUUCUCUGGCAUAGACAUUGACUACAAUACGAUGCUUCAGGCCACACUUAACCAGCAGUGCAUGACCACCAUGUCACCCGUACAGGCCACCAUGAUGGACCAGUAUGCCUCUAUGCCCCAGGAUCUCCAGUCCUCCCCCUUCACGAUGCCCACUCCCAGUCGCUCUCUUCCCAGCUCUACACCAAAUCACGCCGUCAACAUGUGGCCUUGCAACGAGAGCCCCAUCAUGAUGUUUGGCAACCAUGGCACGCCAUCCCCCUCUCCUCUCCAGUCCAUGUCGAUGAAGCGCGAUCACGACUCACCCUCACCUCCUCCAUCGAGGUCCUUCCGUCGUCGUACUAUGACCGAGGCGCAGCGGAGGACGAUGGCUCUUCAGAGGCACCAGAGUGAGAUGAUGUACCGUAGCCAGCACGACUCGGAGGCCAUGGCACAGCUCAGGUCCAUGAAGCUUGACCACCACUCUGCAGAGGAUGAGCUCGACUCUGUCUACGUCGACCGCCGCGUGGUUCCCCGUCCUCGCGAGAGGUGCGACUUCAUGGGGUGCCGCAAGACAUACCAGAAGAAGGAGCACUUGAAGAGGCACCAGAGGGCCGCCCAUGGCAUUGGUGGUACUCCUGAGAUGCACACCUGCCCUGCUGAUGGUUGCCACAAGGUCUUCAAGGACCGUUUCGACAACUUCAAGCAGCACCUCCGCAUUCACAAGGACGGCAAGAGCACAAGGACGCCAUACAACGAAGAGGCAGCUCAGAUGUACGACGAGUUGUGCAAGCAAAGCAAGACCCGCAACACGAAGAAGGGUCUCAGGACUGCCAAGGCCUAGCAACAGUCUUUCUUCGUCACUUCACAUGCUGUUUUGGCGCCCGGCCUCGCCACCUUUUACUUCGUUUCGCUUCUGGCCCACCAACUCCUCCCUUUCCACCUUGAUCAACCCCCCCUGCCACACAUAAUCGCAACCAAAGAAGCAAACACACGCACACACAACUACGCAAAGCCGCAUCAAUUCGGACACGAAACACGCUCACCACAUUCUCAACAUCGUCAUUCACAUCUUCAAAUACCAUGUACUAAUUCUUGCUGUACUCGUCACACGGCGCAAUUGGACAUUUUUUUUCUCUCUUUCCGUUACGGGGCCUUUUAGUGGCCGGUGCAUAAUCUUAGGGCUUGGUGGAAGAGAGAGGGGAGAGUAUGUGCAGCCGGAACUGAUUUUCUCAAUCUUUUUUUUUUUUUAUUUCCUAUGGGGAAAAGGGACAUACUUUCUGAUUUUCUGGGCUUGAUCUCAAUCUCCUCACUGCAGACGAAUACGCGGGAGGAAAUACCAAGACCAUUUUUGGGGCGAGGAUGGAAAGGCGGCAAGACGGAAAAAACGGGGUUUCUACAUUACGGGGUUGCAUGGAUCAUUUUCCUUUCAGCUCACCCACAAUCGGCGGGGGCAUAGACAGAGACUCGCAACGGACAUUUGAGAGUCGGUGAAUGGCAAGAGUCGCGGGGUAUAGGUGGAAAGCAUUAUUGUCGUCACGGUAGUCGGGCAAGAUAGAGACAAAUUUACGGCUUUGCGCAUG